AUGGAUCCCUCCAAAGUUUCCAUCUUCAAGACGUACGAGAAGCCCAAGGGCUCGCGCGAUUCUUCAUCGUUCGCGACAUACAUGAUCAUAGCGCCAACAUGUUUCUUCCUGGGCAUGCUCUUCUCGUCGUUCCCCUACGAUUUCCCGCUGCUCUGGACGUCUGAUGUCACGCCUGAUGCGUACUACGAUCAGCUGGAAACGCAUCUGAAAUUCAUUCACGCGUCGCCGCCUAUCAUUCCUCGAAUCUUGCACAUGGCUAUUUCGAUCGGGUUUAUUGGGUUCUUCAUCAAGCUGUUCAAGCCUUCCGAGGCGAACCUCUUGUUCGAUGGCGCGUCUAUGGUUUUAUAUCUCAUUGGGGUGGUCGUUUAUAUCACCAACAUCGUUAAAGGACUGCGAAUUGUAACGCUCGGCAAAUACGAGGCUCCACCUGGAACCACCGAGCCAGCUAUUGGACGCGAGGAUAGUCUGAGGGUUAUGGCUGCCAGUAAUACGAUUCUGGCAUUGGUUCUCGUGGGUGUGAUUGUCUUGCAGGUAGGCCAGUGGUAUGCCGAGCGUAAAGAGCAGGAUGAGAUUGAGAGUUUUGAGGGAAAGCAAGCUGAGAAGACUGCUAAGAAGGCGGAGAAGGGUAAUACUCAUGUCACUCGAUCUGCUUCGAAGAAGAAGGCGUAA